AUGUUGAAUAGAAUUUUAAAUUAGUUUCCUAAAUAUAGAAAGAGUCAUUACUCUUUCUAUAUAUAUACUGCUAGUUUUCUUUGCACUCCCACACACAAAACAUCACUUCCAAUUAAGAGCUAAAAAAAUCACUUUUCUUUAGCUUUUCUCUUUGCAAUUUUCUCAUGGAUUCUUUGCCAUUGUCUUCCAUUGAAUCACUUGUAAUUGAUAUGAAAAAAGAUUUAUUCUCAAACAAAGACAAAGUUGCCAAAACAUCUGCCUAUGAUACUGCUUGGUUAGCCAUGAUACCUAAUAAUAAUAAUCAAGAAAAUGAAGACAAUUAUGGUCCUAUGUUUGAGAGUUGUGUAAAUUGGAUUCUCAAUAAUCAAAAUGAGUUAGGUUUUUGGGGUGAUUUCAAUGUUCCAACAAUUGAUUGUCUUCCUAGUACACUUGCUUGCAUGGUGGCACUCAAGAAAUGGGGUGUUGGUGAAAGCCAGAUAGAAAAAGGAUUGAAAUUUAUUCAUGCAAAUAUGGAUACGCUUUUGAAGGAAAAUUCUCAAUGUUUUCCACGUAGUUUCACAAUUGUUUUUCCAACAAUUCUUCAACUUGCAAAAGCACAAGGCUUGGAAAUUAUUUUUAUUAAUGGAUCAAAUAGAUUAUUAUCUGAUGUUUUCAUGAAGAAGAAAUCAAUUCUUGAAAGUGAAAAGCUCAAUGAUCAAUCUGAUUUGGCAUAUUUGGAGAAAUUAUCACAAAGUGAUAUUUAUUUUAAUUGUGUGAAUAAAGAUGAUGAAAUUCUCAAACAAUUAUGUGAAGAAAAAAAUGGUUCUUUUUUUCAAUCACCUUCUGCUACAGCACAAGCAUUCAUGGCUACUGGAAAUGAAAAAUGCCUUCAAUACCUCAUGUCCAUUGUUCAAAAAUGUCCCAAUGGAGUGCCUUCAAGAUAUCCAAUGGAUGAAGAGCUAAAAAUGCUUUGCAAGGUUGAUAAUAUACAAAGAAUGGGAUUGGGUAAACAAUUUGAAAAGGAAAUUGGACAAAUUCUUGACCAAGUUUAUAAAAAUUAUCAAGUGAAUAAUUUGGAUAAUAAUAAUGAUAAAGAAACAAGUUAUUUACCAGAGAAAUUAUUCAAGGAUUCAUUGGCUUUUAGGCUUCUCAGAUUGCAAGGAUACAAAAUAAAUGAAGGAAUUUUUUGUUGGUUUGUUCAUGAACCACAAAUAAUGGAGUACAUAGAAAAAAAUCAAGAUUUUUUUGCAUAUGUGAUGUACAAUGUCUACAGAGCCACAGAUUUAAUGUUCAAUGGAGAAUCUGAUAUUGAAAAAGCAAGAUCUUUUUCCAGAAAUUUUCUUGUCAAUAAUGACAAUUUAUCAGUACUUCCAUCACUUCAAAAAGUGAUUGAGCAUGAAUUGAAUGUUCCAUGGUUUGCUAGAUUAGAACACCUUGAUCACAGAUUAUGGAUUGAAUUUAAUCAGUCUAUUUCUCUUUCUGAUGGAAAAUCUCCAUUUUAUUGGUUGUCUUAUUUGCAAAAUGACAAAUUAACUCAAUUAGCAGUGCAAAAUUAUGAAUAUAGGCAAUCAAUUUAUAGGAAUGAAUUGGAAGAUCUAAAGAGGUGGUCAAAGGAUAAAGGCCUUGUUGACAUUGGAUUUGGAAGAGAAAAAACUACUUAUUCAUAUUUUGCAAGUGCAGCAAGUAGUAGUAGUUUUUUACCAUAUGAAUCUUUUCUUAGAAUGGUUGUUGCAAAAUGUUCAAUUGUUAUUACUGUUGCUGAUGACUUUUAUGAUGAAGAAGCUUCUCUAAGUGAGCUCCAAAUCUUAACUGAGGCAAUACAAAGGUGGGAUGCAAAAACUCUUGAUGGUCCAAGUAAGAUUAUAUUUGAAGCACUUGAUGAUCUUGUGUGUGAUGUUGCUAAUAUGUAUCAUCUUCAACACAAAAUUGAUAUCACCCCACAACUUCAACAUAUGUGGAAGGAGACAUUCCAUUCAUGGAUGAUGGAAAGUUUGUGGAGUAGAACUUCAAAUUUGCCAUGUAUGGAUGAAUAUUUAGAAGUUGGAAUGAUAUCAAUUGGUGCACAUAUUUUGGUUCUUCAUGCAGCUGCACUUGGAUGUCCAACUUUGCCAAUUGAAAUGCUUGGUCCAAUUAAUGGAAAAUAUGAAAAUAUUACAAGGUUGCUUAUGGCCACAACUCGUUUGUUAAAUGACAUCCAAAGUUACCAA